GUAUAACCCCACGACCUCCGACGACCCGCCGGAUUCAACCGAGUCCAGGGCGAAAACUCAGCAUAACAAAAGACCGGAAACCAUCAGCCUGUUGCCGAAACAAGGAGGUUCAGGACAGGAGCUACUCCUCGCCGUAACACCAGCCCAACCUCCAUCCCGCCAGCCGGACAGCUUGUCAAGAUGUCUAUCCUGGGGAAAUUGCUAUACAUUACCGUCCUCCUCCUCAACGCCAUCUGCAUCCCCUCCGAAGACCGCUUCCUCGCCCGCGUCGGCCUCGCGCCUGCGACAUACCAGCGCGGCUUCGGCCAAGACGUCGACAGCAGCGUCAAGUACAAGAUCAUACAGCUCAUUGCGAGCGUACGGACGGUCAUGAGGGUACCCCUGAUUAUAAUCAACACGUUGAUUAUAAUCUACGAGCUCAUACUUGGCUAGAGUCAAUGGUUCAUAUUCAGGUGGGCAAGAAGUCAUCCAUGGACCAAGGCGACGGUCAAGCAGGAUUGAUCGGCAUUUGAUAUGGAAGCUCACGGCGUGGCACGCCUCAGCUCGAAAGCAGGGCAGUGGGUGAGGGGGUAGCCGUUCAGGUUGGCUUUGGCUUAAUUGUUAAUCUCCGGGUGCGAGUUUGAAUGGGUGAGUCAAUAUUGCCUGGGAGAGUUUAGGACAUUGAGUGGCAAGGGAGGCCGCAGAGUGACCUCCUUCGGCGCCGCCAGCUUCCGCUCGUAACAUCACAUUACGCAAACGGCGAUGUUUGCUCGAUUGAGAGACAGACAGACGGAAACCCGGAGCGCGUCAUGAGCUGACGGACGGGAUAUAAUAAGGUAUAUAGCCAGACGUCUCCCAACCUAGCCCUGAUCGUACAACCCAAAAUCCAUACAAACCAUCCUCCCCCAGCUCCU